AACCCCAACCUCUCACCGUCUAGCUCCUACUCUUCUCCUUCCACUCCGGCUAUCUCUUCUCUUGGCACUGCACUAGCCAAGAACGGAGCAGAGAAACGCUGUAGCUCCUGCCCGCUUGCUCUUCGCUAGCGGUUCUUGCAAAGAAGCAGAGCUAGCCAAGAGAACUGAGCUGAGGCGGCGGCCAUGAAGUACGUACUGGUGACAGGAGGGGUGGUGAGCGGCCUCGGCAAGGGCGUGACGGCCAGCAGCAUCGGCGUCGUCCUCAAGGCCUGCGGGCUCCGCGUCACCACCAUCAAGAUUGACCCAUACCUCAACACUGAUGCUGGAACCAUGUCUCCAUUCGAACAUGGUGAGGUGUUCGUUUUGGACGAUGGUGGUGAGGUGGACUUGGACCUUGGAAACUACGAGCGUUUUCUAGACAUCAAACUGACCCGUGACAACAACAUAACCACAGGAAAAAUAUAUCAGUCAGUCAUUAACAAAGAAAGGAGAGGAGACUACUUGGGGAAAACCAUUCAGGUUGUGCCACAUAUUACGGAUGAAAUACAAGAUUGGAUUGAACGUGUAGCAGUGAAUCCAGUCGAUGGUAAACAAGGACCUCCUGAUGUUUGUGUCAUAGAACUUGGCGGCACCAUAGGAGAUAUUGAAUCAAUGCCCUUUAUUGAAGCAUUAGGUCAAUUUUCAUACCGUGUUGGACCUGGAAACUUCUGUCUGGUCCAUGUCAGUCUUGUUCCGGUUUUAAAUGUAGUCGGUGAACAGAAAACUAAACCUACCCAGCAUAGUGUUCGUGGGCUAAGAGGCCUUGGAUUGGCACCCGAUAUUUUAGCAUGUCGCAGUACUGAGCCACUGGAAGAAAACGUGAAAGCAAAGCUCUCACAAUUUUGCCACGUUCCAAUCUCAAGUAUUAUUAAUCUCCAUGACGUUACAAAUAUUUGGCACAUCCCCUUGUUGCUAAGGGACCAAAAGGCCCAUGAAGCUAUUCUGAAAGUUCUAGACCUUCAAUUUGUCAGCAAAGUACCACGAGAACCUAAGUUGGCUGAAUGGACCGAAAGAGCCAGCAAGUUUGACAAAUUGAACAAUACGGUUAAGAUUGCAAUGGUUGGAAAAUAUACUGGGUUGUCGGAUUCCUACCUGUCUGUUCUAAAGGCACUUUUGCAUGCAUCCGUUGCUAUGGGAAGAAAGCUUGUUGUGGAGUGGGUUCCUUCCUGUGAUCUUGAAGAUGCUGCAGCCAAAGAGACCCCUGAAGCCCAUAAAAAGGCAUGGAAACUACUCAAGGGUGCAGAGGGUGUACUUGUCCCUGGAGGCUUUGGAGAUAGAGGAGUUCAGGGGAAAAUUCUUGCUGCAAAAUAUGCACGAGAAAACAAUGUUCCUUACCUUGGCAUUUGCUUGGGUAUGCAAAUUGCAGUGAUUGACUUUGCCCGUUCUAUCAUGAAAUUACCGGCUGCAAAUAGCACAGAGUUUGACCCAAAUACAACUUCACCCUGCGUCAUUUUUAUGCCGGAGGGUUCCAAAACCCAUAUGGGGGCAACGAUGCGGCUUGGAUCAAGGAGAACAUAUUUCCAGGUCACUACAUGCAAAUCCGCAAAGUUGUAUGGUAAUACUAGAUUCGUGGACGAAAGACAUCGGCACAGAUACGAGGUAAAUCCUGAAAUGGUACCAGAGUUUGAGAAGGCCGGGCUUUCAUUUGUUGGCAAGGAUGAGAGCGGAAAACGCAUGGAGAUUAUUGAACUACCCAGCCAUAAAUUUUUCAUCGGCGCACAAUUCCAUCCUGAAUUCAAGUCAAGACCAGGGAAGCCAUCUCCACUUUUCUUAGGAUUAAUAGCAGCAGCAUCUGGACAACUGGAGACUUUGCUCCAACCUGAUUCCAUCAUUGUCACUCCAAAUCCUAAGCCCAGAUUAAUAGUUCCAAAAAAGCCACUGUACAAUGCGCAUGCCAAAAAAACACUGGACAGCUUGGUUAACGGAUACUUCGCAAAUGGCAACGUAAUCCACACCUGAUUGGCAAUUGCACAAAUCCUCAGCGAGGUCUUGUUUGAGAUUUGUUUCUACGGCUUUGCUUGAACCCUAAUCUUUUCUAUUUUUCUUCUGUUUCGUUUUUUUUUUCUGUUUUGGCUUGUAUUUAUCUCUGCUCAACUGAGAAGGCUAAAGAGUAGCAAGCUCCAGCGACGCACAGUUCCGAUGUUUUAAGAGGAACGUCCUCCCAUCAUGUUGAAGCAAAGUUUAGCUAUAGGGCGGUGUAGUGUGCUGUUUCUUUCCUGCUGAGGCCUCAAAUUAAGGCUGGAAAUGUAUUGGUAGCUUUAGUAGAGCCUGGCAUCUCAACUAUUUGUACAUUGGGAAAGAACCUAUCUAAGUACUGAAUAUGCAAAUGCUUGGCGAGAUUGGUUAGAUGAGAAAAUGAAAAUCAACUUCAUUGAAAA